AAACAACAACAUAUAAAAGUCAAAAACCAGAAAACAAAUUGAAAACAAAGAAAAAAACAACUUAAAAUGCCUCAUGUUCCACCAGAAAAAUACGCUAAGCCCAUAUUAGAUAAGAUCCGUCUUUGCACUGAUUUGCUAAAUUACGAGAGGUACCUCAAAGAUUGUGAGGCGGGGAAGUCCAUGUGUCUCAAACCUGUCGCGGACCCACUCGCCGGACUUCCCCGCGCGGAUCUCGACGCUCGCUGCUUGCGCCGGUCCCUCGUGCCCAUCGUCUUCAUCAUCGGAGGUCCUGGAUCGGGCAAGGGCGUGCAGAGCGAGCUACUGGUGAAGCGCUUCGGCCUCACGCACAUCUCCCUCGGCGAGCUUGUCCGCCAAGAGGUUCGAGCGGGCUCUAGCGUGGGCCGCUUCGUCGCGCCCAUCGUCGCGGCUGGCAACCUGGUGCCAAAGGAGGUGAUUCUGGAGCUGCUCAAGCGCGCCAUGCUGACAAACCUCAGGGGCGCUCACGGGUUCCUCAUCGACGGCUUCCCGCGCGACGAGGACCAGGUCGUCGCUUUCGAGAAAGAGGUGGGUGUGUGGGCCGACGACGUCAUAUCGUCAUACUGACGCCAA